AUGCGAUGGAAUCAGCUCAGUCGGACACAGGAGGGGCUGCCUUUUGUCACUAACGAACCUAGGUCCUCUGGGCUGAAACUAUACCGGCUAUGGCGCUCAUUUCCUCGAAUGAAAAGGACGGUAAUUGCAAUAUUGCUGCUGACUUUAACUUGUAUCUUCACAUUCUACAUUGCAUCUCCAUUCAUCCAAAUGGCUGACGAAGCUUCAAUGGACAUGUUGAGAACCAUUAACGACAGAGAGAAUUAUCCACAAAUGGUGUUCACCGCCAAACGAAUAUCUUCACCAAAUAAAACCUCAGUCCCUACAUUCGCAGGACCCACUAACGAUCGACAACGUGCUGUUGUAGCAGCUUUUAAACACGCAUGGGAAGGUUACAAAAAAUUUGCCUGGGGACAUGAUCAGCUUAAACCGGUCAGUGGCGGGUACUCGGAUUGGUUCAACACAGGUUUGACGAUAGUUGACGCGUUAGACACAGCUAUCAUUAUGGGACUUAAAGAAGAAGUUGCACAAGGAACGGAAUGGAUUCGCGAUUCUCUUUCUUUUGAGAAAGAUAUCUAUGUAAAUCUGUUCGAGACCACCAUUCGCACACUAGGCGGACUCUUAAGUGCAUAUCACCUCACCGGUGACAGGAUGUUCAUUGCAAAAGCAGAAGAUCUUGGAAAAAGGUUGAUCGUAGGCUUUACAAGUUCAAAAUCAGCGGUUCCGUUGAGUGAUGUUAACCUUAAAACGAGAAAAGCGAAAACGCCUCCUUGGAGCAGUGAAUCGUCAUUGUCAGAGGUCACGUCUCUGCAGCUGGAGUUCCGAGAUCUUUCUAGAGUGACGGGGAAAAGUGUAUAUGAGCAAAUUUCUUUCAAAGUCUCUACACAUAUCCAUGACAUCGGUUGCGGUGAAAACGAAGGUCUUUGCGACAUGUACUUGAAUUCAAACACCGGAAAGUUCCGCUCGGGUACUACAAUCACAUUUGGCGCUAGAGCAGAUAGCUACUAUGAAUAUCUAUUAAAGCAGUGGCUCCAAACUGGUAAAACUAUCGACUGGUUAUUGUCUGACUACGCAACAGCUAUGGAAUCCAUGCAGUCGAAGUUACUAAGAUAUUCUGAACCCAGCAAGUUACCUUUUGUGGGCGAACUUCUUCCAGGAGCUGUAUAUUCCCCGAAAAUGGACCAUCUUGCAUGUUUCUUGGCUGGGACACUAGCCUUGGGUAGCCGCAACGGACUGCCAGACGGCCACAUGAAACUAGCCGAGGGAAUUGGUAAAGCUUGCCAGGCGAUGUAUAAAAAUCCCACGGGACUAGGACCGGAAAUAGUUUAUUUCAACAUGCUGCCUGGUCAACAUGAGGACCUCUCUAUCAAGCCUCUCGAUGCACAUUCUCUUUUGAGGCCGGAAGCAAUUGAAGCAUGGUUCUACCUAUAUAGACUAACAGGUGAUAAAAUGUACCAGGACUGGGGAUGGCAAGCUUUUCAAGCGAUUGAGCAGUAUGCAAGAGUUAAGAACGGUUAUUCUUCAGUGAAAAGCGUGAAAAAAAUCCCUGUGUCCUACAGGGACCUCAUGGAGUCAUUCUUCCUUGCCGAGACUCUGAAAUACCUUUUUCUUUUGUUUGCUGAUGACCAGAAUGAGUUGUUCCCGCUAGACAGAUGGGUGUUCAACACGGAAGCUCACCCCCUACCGAUUUAUGAUCACUAA